UGCCCGUGUACCUGCCGUUCCUCCUUGUUGGGUCCGUAUUUGUGGCAUUUGUUGUUGGCGGUGCCUGUGUUGGAAUUUGCUGCUGCAAGUGCUUAAAAUCCCAGGAUGAGGGGCAGCAAAGUGGACUUGCACCUGGCCAGACUUGGCUACUAGAACCUGAUCUUCCUUCUCGCCUUUCCAGUUCCAGUUGUGCCACCAGAAGCUCCCUGAGUGCUGCUCCUCAGACCAGCAACAUCUGCAUGACUCUAGCUCCAUCCCUUCCCAUCAUUGGGAUGGCUGAAGGUGCUCGGUUCUUGAGUCCUCCACCUACCAGUGGACAACUCUUGCACCCUUCGUGCACUAACCACAGAAUACCAACUGAUCAAAUGGCAAUAAUGGCUCCAGCAUCUUUCCUUAAAAGAACAAUUUACGGACACAGCGCUAACACACCCCCUCUUGGGGUAACACAGGGUGACCAAAUGAUGUACUCGGCAGCUCAUGUCUGA